GAUUGUAUAGUAAAGGACACUUCGUAUUCAAAAAAAUUGGGCAUGUUGGGUAAUAAGGAGCAGGUUGAUAAACAUGUUUAUCAUCUUCUUGCUAGAUGUUGUAAUCUUAACGAGAGAAAAUCGAAAGCUCUUGAGAUAGCAAAACUUUACCAUGGCGUCAGUGAAUUCACAACAGCUAAGAGUUAUGUUGAAGGUUACUUGGAGUUUAGACCCGAUUCUGUACCUGCGUACACUCUUUUGGCGAAAAUUCAGGAGGAUAUGGAUGAUUUAUCAGGAGCCUUAGGGACCUACAAGUCCCUUCGGACACUGACUAAUCUCGAUAAAAGCACUGCACUGCAUGCUUGUCUUCUGGCGCAGGAGUCACAAGAUAUUUCGGAAGUUGAGUUCUGGUCCGGUGUAGCACAAGACAUGUUUCCUUCCGAAAAAAUAACAUUUUUGUUAAAAGAAAAAGUCUUGACUCGCGGCGAAAAAGUCCCAGAAUUGUUAAAACUUUUGGAAUCUCAGUUGCAAAAAGAUGAGAGUGAUUCCGAAGUCUGUAUUCGACUUGUUAACUUGCUUUGCAAGUCAGGAUCUAUUGUAGAUGGAUUUUCACGCUGUUUGAAUUGCAUCAAUGCUGGACGACAUAUCGGUAUUGCUGGCUGGUUUCAUAACUGCCUGAGUCUUCUGGAACCUGCGAAACUUUCCAUCUCUAAAGCAGAACUACCUUUGGAGUCGUUAUGUUUGGUUCGUGCAGUUUGUUUGAUGGAGUUGAUUCGUGUGACAUCACAAACUUCCUGUUUGUCUGAUAUGCAUCAGUUACUCAUCCAGCUAGAAGCAGUCUCUAGUGAACUUAGUAAAUUACAGUCUAAAGGUUCAAGUAUUCUUAACGAAUUCGCUGUUAUUUGGCUUAAUUUCUAUGGUGGUGUUUAUGCUCAACGGCGUUUUAUGAAUAAAUGUACUGAGUCUUCAGAUUUUCCACACUUCCUCGCAUUCCACUUUUAUCAACGUGUAAGUAAUGCUCGACAGCCCGAUGUUACACCUGCGUCUUCCAAUAUCUCUGCUUCACUUCGACAUCAUCUUCGUCGAGAAUGUUCUUCAAUUUGUACUCAGGCUACUUACCUGGUUCACUUAUUUUCAACCUCACUUAAUAAAACAAAACCUAAUAAGGAGAACGCGAUCAGCUUGAAUACGUUAACGUGGAAGGAGCUAAUUAGUUUGACUGAUGAGGUUGUGUUAUCUGAAAUCUCCACAUUGGAUAUAUAUAGUUUUGAUAAAGAUGACCAGAAAUCAUCCAAAACCUUUGAAAUGCAUGGUUCCCUUGACGAAUACUUAACAUCCCCUGAUUGUUUAAAUCUUAUACUGUGGAUUUGUGCUCAACAGUUAUCAUUCUUGAAUGUAAGUGACGAGGAUUUUACUCUCAGCUUGCCUAGACUGGAAUUUCUGCUUAAAUCGGUCAAAAAACUAUUUCCCAAGUUGGAGUUUUCUUGUCCAUCACCUGUUUUUGGAUCACCUUCUGAGCUUAAAUCUGAUUCAACCGCAAAUGUUGAUCAACUUUAUCAAAUCGACGUAAUUUGUUUUCUGAUCACCUGUUUUCUUCAUAUUUCUACACGAAGUCUUUCCAAAACAAACUCAAAUUACGCACAAUCUCUUAGGUCACAGUUAGCAUUUAACUCAACCAUUUCAGGUGUCGGACUCGAUUUUCUCUUCCUGCCUUUGUGUUUGAUACCUACUGUGCAACUUGCCACUUCUACACAGCGUUCAUGGUGGUCAUUACUUACCAAGAAUACAUUAGAAUUUAGUUCACAGAAUAAAUUGGAGGACGAUAAUCGUGCGUUUUUUCAGUGUGGUCUAAAUCAACUACGACUUAUAUUCCAUCCUACUCGCUGUCUAAAUUAUGAAGGUGGUAUUAUGAGUCCACCUUUUUUGUUUCGAGUUGCUCAAGGUCUCACUAAUUUAAUGAACUAUUGUUCAUUCAAUCGACUGGAAACUUUCGAAUCAUGGCCUUUACAAUACUGGUUAUUUGCUUUGAAGAAUCAUAUCUUAGGUUUUUCAGCUGAACAAAGUACUCCAGUCAUUCAAUCACACAAUGCUUCUUUUUGUUCGGGUUACAAAAAAUUUGGCACCAAUCGUUGUUUUAGUCCUAUGGUGAAUCGAAAUAUGCAGUGCAAUAAAACAGAAUAUACUGGUUCUCAUAUCUUGUUUUUAAUACCGUCAAAUUACAACAGUUGGUGUGGUGUUUCAAAUGAUUCAAAAGACAUCUCUUCUUUAUGCAUUGAAUGGUGUAAACGGGGUUGGUUCUGGUGCUUAAAUACUAUUGAAGAUUAUUUUCAGGCAGGUCGUGAAGUAAGCAAUAAUGAUAAAAAGCUUGUGAAAUUACUUAAUCGUUUGAGUGAUCAUGAUUCGUCGAUUUGUGACGCGACAGCCUAUUCACGUCUGAAUAAAAUUCUUGUUCAGUUGUCAAAAUCAAAUGAAUUUACUAAUCUUACAAAUACAGAAUCUCCAAGAAUUAAUCAUGACCAACGAGUCAAAAGUCUACAGUCAGACCAAAAUUGUUUGCGGGUGUCACGAAAUGCCUAUCCAGUAAACGAGUCUAAUGUUUAUAAUUCUGUUUCAUCAGUUCUCAGUAGUUCAGAUACAAAAGAAAUGCCUACUAUAGUUUCACCUAUAGUUCAAAUGAACAAUUCACAUCUUAAUUCAUGUUCUGUUACAACUAACAACAAUGAUACAGAACAUUUACAAGUGAAUGCAAUGAACAGUAUCAAUCAAAUUAAGACUCCUUCACAAACUUUCAUAUCACCUUCAUCGGUUAAUACUCCUAUUCGUUCAACUUAUAUAACAGCAGAAAAUCCUAACCAUAAUGUUAACUCAACUCUUACUUGUUCAUUAACAGAAUUUUGCAAAUCACUACAAAAUGCUACUGGUGUACCAUCUGUUAAUCAAAUGACAACAACAGCUUAUCGUCAGGAUUCUUGUCUAACUAAUCUAAUCAGUGUUUGGCAGACUUUAGUCAGUGGUCUGUCUUGUCAGUUAGCUGAAACAAAAGCUGAACUUACACGUAGUCGAGAGCUUAAUGAACAGUUAUCUAAGCAAUUAAAUGAGACUAGCAAACAGCUAUCAGAUGCAGUUAAUAAAUUUAUUGAAUUUGAAAAAAAUAAUCGAAUUGUUUCAACUAAGCCUUCAAUUGAUAUUACUGCACCACCAGGAGUUAAUAUGUUUGAAAAUCCAAUCCGUGAACUUUCAGUUGCUAUUACUGAACUUCGUCAUUGGCUUCCAGAGAGUAUGGCAGCUGCUGCUUGUGCUGCUGUCGAUGCGCGCUUAACAACGUCUGUUCAAGCUCCUGUACCACCGUGUAGUCAGUAUCAAUUAUCAAGUCAUUCAGAAGUAUUAAUACAGUCAAAUAAUACGGGUAUUUUUCUCAUGUAUCUUUUCUAAUUAUUCGAUUAUUUCUUAAGGUUUUUAUUACCAAUAAUGAGUGUUUUUUUGUGCUAUCAUUCGUUCUUUAGAUCAAUAAUUGACACAAUGAAAUCCUAUGAACAUUCUUGUUUACAAUCAAAAAGAUUUUGGUGUAUUGAUUUUCGAAAACUUGUCACAAAGUUUAGUGUUUUCUUUUUUUCUUCAAAAAAAAUUCUUUUACAAAUAAGUUUUUUAUAAGUAUUGAGCGUAUCAACUGUACUGGUGCUUAACACAAAUUCCUAUAUUGGUUCUAUCUGUCCUAACAAAAAAAACCACAUCAAAAUUAUGUCAAGGAUUAC